AUGGAAGAAAAAAUACUGAAUUCAACGAUUAACAGUAUGGGUCCAGUCGGUGAUAGUAACGUUGUUCAUCGUCCAGGCGCUCUUAAACAACAAAAUAAAGCAUUCAAAACAGGCCGUCAUCGAUCUCAUCACGAAAUCAAACGAGGAACUAAAGGCCGAGUCGCUGAAAAGAAACAUGCACGAAGUUUAAAACGAUUGACUGUCAUGCCAAAACAAAAUCGAGUCAAUACAGCUCUUCAAAUUCGUAAACAGAAACUUCAGGCAAAUAAAGAAGCCAGACAAACUAUUGGUGCUAUCGAUGGUGUUCCACAACUUAUUACUGUAAUACCUUUGUCAUCAGAUGUGAACAUCUUCUCCAUAGUUGAGUUACUGACUCAUUCAAUGGACGACAAUAGAUCAACUGAUAUAGCCACAGACUGUGGUGCAAGAGUUUAUACAUGUCCAAAACUUCGUUCAAAAUUUUGCUUUCUGACUCCAACACCAACUAAUCUCGAAAAUAUUCUCGAUGCUGCUAAGUUGUCCGAUACAAUCAUCUAUGUAAUAUCUUCAUCAAGUGGAAUAUCACUCGAAGGAGAUUAUUUACUCGAUUUAAUCAACGUUCAUUGUUUACCGGGAAGUAUUAUCUAUUCUGUUGUCUCAUCUUCGAACGAUGAUACAAUGUCUGUAACAUCAUCAACAUCACGUUUGUCAUCAUCAAGAAAUUUAGAAAAAUUCCUUCAGAAACGAUUUUCAAAUGUGAAAUUAGUUCCAUUAGAUAAUGAACAAGAUGGUCAACGUCUUUUAAGAAAAUUAACUGAACAAAAACUAACAAAACCGACCAAACGAUGCUUAAGACCUUAUCUAUUCGCUGAAACAUUUGCAUAUGAAAAUCCUAAAGCGCCGACGAGUACAUUGAAAUUAAGCGGUUCUCUUCGUGGAAUACACUUGUCUCCCAAUGAACUUGUGUACAUUCCUGGUUUAGGAACAUUUCAAUUAGAAAAAAUUGAAGAAAAUCUUUUUCAACGAGAUUCUGAUGGAAUUGUGAAACCAGUGGUGCAUCGCGUCUACACUGCACAAGCAGAACUUCAACGAUCGUUGGCUUUCGAAGCGGACAUCGAUCCGAUGAAUAGUAAUCAAGAACAAACAUGGCCAACAACAGAAGAAUUGGAAAAGGCACAAGCAGAACAACAUCAAGUGAAAAAACGUGUACCAAAAGGUACAUCAGAAUACCAAGCAGCAUGGAUUGUGUCGGACGACGAAGAAGAAGAUCAGGAUUAUCAAGAAGAAGAUGAUGAUGAACAACAAGACAUGGUCACUGCAAAUGCUGAUGAAUUGGAAUCAAUUCAGUUGGAUGAACAAGGAGCAGAAGAAGACGACGAAGAAGAAGAAGAAGAAAUGGAUGAACUUGUGAUUAAUCCAAAUAAUUACGAUGAAAAAUUGGAUAUGGAAGAAGAUAAACAAACCUUAAAACAACUUAAAGAAGCAAAAGUAGAUGAACAGUUUCCAGAUGAAGUCGAUACGCCAAUGGACGUGCCUGCUCGUGUCCGAUUUCAAAAAUAUCGUGGGUUGAAGAGUUUUCGAACGACCAAAUGGGACGCAAAAGAAAAUCUACCAGAAGAUUAUGGAAGAAUCUAUCAAUUUCCGAACUUUCGAGGAAUGAUCAAACAAAUUCAAGCUGAGCAGGAGGACAAUCAAGGCAAAGGAGAUCACGCUCAAGUGCACAGUUAUGUUACUUUAUAUGUAAAAAAUGUACCUGUCACACGAUUUGAACCUGGUCAUCAUGUCUUUGUCUCGGGUUUAUUACCACAUGAACAAUGUCUUUCUGUGUUGAAUAUUGUUUUAAAUCGCACCAAUGAUAGCGAAAUAAUAUUAAAAUCCAAAGAACGUCUUAUCUUUCAUGUUGGAUUUCGCCGUUUUGCUAGUGCACCAAUUUAUUCUCAACAUACAACCGGAGAUAAACAUAAAUUUGAACGAUUUUUUCGACCACGACAAACAUUAGUGGCCACAUGUUUUGGUCCUAUUACGUAUCCGCCAGCGUCUGUUCUUGCUUUUAAAGAAUUUCCAGACGGUCGUCAAGAAUUAGUCGCCACUGGUUCUUUACUUUCGGUUAAUCCGGAUCGUUUAGUAUUGAAACGAAUUGUUCUAAGUGGUCAUCCAUUCAAAAUUCAUAAGAAAUCAGCAGUUAUUCGAUAUAUGUUCUUCAGUCCAGAGGAUGUUAAUUGGUUUAAACCUAUUGAACUACGAACACGAUGGGGUCGACGGGGUCACAUAAAAGAAUCACUUGGUACACAUGGUCAUAUGAAAUGUCAGUUUGAUGGAAUUCUUAAAUCACAAGACACAGUGUUUAUGAAUCUCUACAAACGUAUUUACCCGAAAUGGACAUAUGAACCAUUAGCUGUUCAACAACAACAACAACAUCAUGAAGAAGAUAUGCAAUGA